AUGAAGGUAUACAAUAUAACUAAUGGGGUGUAUUUGUUACUAGUACUGACACUGUCUUUAGCGCUAGUACAAGUUGAACGAAACGGAGAAAUAUUUAUGAGCACAUUUUCAGAAUCUAAGAGUAGUGACAUAGUGUUUACUACUAGUAGUGGACAUUUACAUAUGCCAAGCGACUUAGUUGUUACAGAAGAUGUAAUAUUGAGUGAACGAAGUUUAGACCCAGUGCAGCUGCGAUCGUGUUCUACUGUAUCUUUACGGCAGGGGACUCCCGUGAUCAGUGUGAAAGGCAGCAAUAAUAUAAUGGAGAAUACGAGCAUACCGAAGUUAUAUAAUACGAGAACCAACUUAAACCUUUUGUCCACAGAUAUGAGUUUUUACGUACCGAAGUUGUCCUCUGUAGAGACCGCCGGUAUACAAACGGGGGAUGCCCUGCUUGUGUCGAAUUUGUCCCGAAGCGAAAUAUCUUCUGGUAAUGUGGUACUUCCUUCUACUUCAGUUAUAUUAAAUGAAUCACAGCUGACAUCACUGAAAGUCGAAAGCCCUCGUAAACCUGAAGGUCAUGUUAGUGAUGAUCCAGAGGUGCAUAACGAAACCGAGUUUCUUCCGUUUGCUGAGUGGAAGAAGCUAAAACUUGAUGAGAAACAGGCUGAAUCACAUACAGAAUCCCAGUUAAAAACUAGAACAAUGAUAGAUUACAAUAAGGUUGAGACCUUGGGUGAUGAUAUGGAGGUAGAUUUGGGUAUAUUCACCUCCGGAGAUGAUGAUGAACCAGAGGGUAAAUUGUAUCAGCAAAAAUUUAAUUAUGCAUCUCUGGAUUGUGCAGCAUCGAUUGUCAAAACAAAUUCGGAAGCGCAUGGAGCCUCUUCUAUAUUGUAUGAGAACAAAGACAAAUAUCUUUUGAAUCCGUGUUCAGCUUCUAUUAAGUUUGUCGUUAUUGAGCUUUGCCAAGAUAUAUUAGUGGAGAACAUUGAAAUUGCUAAUUAUGAAUUCUUUUCAUCAACUUUUAAAAAGCUAAAGUUUUCAGUCUCAGAUAGGUUUCCGGUUCCCAAGAAUGGUUGGAAGGUUCUUGGGGAAUUUAUUGCCGAGAACAGUAGAGACUUGCAGACAUUUUCUAUACCGAAUCCGAUGAUCUGGGCUAAGUAUCUAAGAGUUGAUAUAUUAUCGCACUACGGCGAUGAGUUUUAUUGUCCUAUCUCAGUUGUUCGUGCACACGGUAAAACUAUGAUGGACGAAUUUAAGAUGACCCAAAAGGAUAAUGAAGAUGAAGACCUAGUUGUCUUAGAAAAUGAACAGGAACUUACAGUCAAUUCUUCCACUAUGGAUGAGUUGCUUCUUUGCAACGUUAGUACAUACCACGAAUUUUUUGACAGGUAUAAUAACCCACUGAUAUUUCCCAGUAGUGAUAACAUCACGUUAGAGUUAUUUUGGGAUGAUAUAAGCUCUCAAUGUCUUGCAGCAUUGCCGGCUCUUAAGUUUGAGGAAUUUGUGAAGGAUUUUAAUAAUGAGACAGCCAAUCCGUCUAAGCAAACAAAGGCUAUAGAUUUUACUCCUAACAUGCCAUCUUUAUCAAUUGAAGAAUCUAUUUUUAAAAAUAUAAUGAAGAGGAUUUCAUCACUAGAAGCAAAUGCCACAUUAUCAGUAUUAUAUAUUGAGGAACAAAGCAGAUUAUUGUCCAAAUCAUUCUCUUCAUUAGAAAAAACUCAUGCUAAAAAGUUAGACUCAUUAGUAUCGGCUUUCAAUGAAACUAUGAUGGGGAACCUUGAAAAAUUGAGUUCUUUUGCUAGACAAUUACGAGAAUCAUCGGUAAAAAUACUUGAAGAACAAAAGCUCGCAAAUGAUCAGUUUACUACUUCAACAUCCCAGAGGUUAGAUAUGAUGGAGAAGGAUGCUACAUUCCAGAAACGUAUGAUGUACCUUAUUUUAUUUGCUUUCUCUGCCAUGUUGGUGUACGUUUUAUUAACCCGCGAGGCUUAUAUCGAUGACUAUAUGGAAGAUGAUGGAUGGUAUCUAGAUUCACCUCCGUUAAAAAAGGCAAAAGACAAAUUAAUGCGUAAAGCUGCCCUUGCUGUAUCGACACCCACAAUCUUUAAAAAUAUUGUCGAUGAUGUCGAACAAGGAAAGUUUGAAAGAACUAGAUCUUUGUCAUCAUCUACUACGUCUGAUGAUUCCCAAUAUUUAAUUGAUAAUGAUGACGACGAUGACAGUCUGUAUGUAGGGAGAGGUAGAAGUUACUCUAAGUUGCUGGCGGCUGAUGAGAACGAGGUUGAUAUCGAUGAGAUUAUGAGCAUUUCCAGCGAAAACUCCGACCUAUCAAAUGGGAUGGAUAGGUUAUUGGAUGUAGAUACAACAGCAUUGUCUUCGCGAGAAUCUAUGGACAAAGAGAAUAAAUAG